AGUUUUAAUUUGUGUUGAAGAGUACUCGUGAUUGCCAGGGUUACAGAACUGUGAAAUUUACUUCUUUUGGGUUACCGUGAAUUUGGUUGCCACGACUUAAAAACAAUCGACCGGGUUGACUCAAUGUCAUUCACAAGAAACUCGAACUCUCCCUGUUGUAGUGAAAUACGUUGUUUGGGAACUUCUAUGUGAUUGGUGUUGUCUCGACAGUAAUAAACUGUUCACGGAACUGUAAGUAUCCUCGUUGGUGGGGAAAGGGCGGUAAGUGCUGACAGAAGAAAUUAUUCCUAGAGUUUAAAGAAGAUAAGAUUCUUUCCUGACCUGACCGGCCAAAAUGAUGAUGAUGGCUGACUAUCGUAGUUGCCGAUACGAGCAUACGCCUCCUGUGUUUAACUCUAACUCUUUUAGCUCUGCCGACAUGUCAGAAGCUCGCCAGAUUAUGGAUAUAUCUUAUUCCCACCCUGGUGCUCGGGAGGAUUAUUUUGGGCCCCCGACUGCGGCUUAUCACAGAGCCUUCACUCGCCAAUAUCCAGAAGUUUAUGGGUACGGCAACAACACGACUCAGCAUCAGCGGUUAUUUACAGCUAAUGGCGAACCUCAACAAAUAGAGUGUAAGAAACAGCGGAACUUUUCACCCAGCAAAGAGAAAAAUUUUAAUUCCAAGGAGGACAGAAAGCUGGGACAAGUUGAUAAAGCGGGGAGCCCUGUGAAAGAAGAAAGUUGUAAAGCAGACGAAAAGUUACACGCUAGAGACAUGUGUUCACCAUCUAAAUCAGAAUUAGAUGACGAUGACUUUUUAUCGGAUGACAGUGACGGGCACGUACCCCAUGUAUUAGCUCCGGGUUAUCACGGUCCAAACAGAAGGUGUUUAUUAUGGGCCUGUAAGGCUUGUAAGAAAAAGACUGUCACCGUUGAUCGACGAAAAGCCGCCACAAUGCGCGAGAGAAGACGACUGCGACGUGUGAACGAAGCGUUCGAAGUUUUAAAACGCAGAACCUGUCCAAAUCCCAAUCAGCGUUUACCGAAGGUUGAAAUAUUGAGAAAUGCUAUAGACUAUAUUGAAAGUUUGGAAGAUUUACUUCAUGGGAAUCGAAUAUCGAGAAACGAAGAUGCAUCAUGUAAUGAAUCAGGAUCAUCUAGUAGCGGUUCUGAUUACAUGACGGUCAACAGUCCACAAUAUUAUUCAGAUAAAAUGCAUCAUAUGAACGAUGGUAAUGGUAAUUUUAACCAAGGAAAUAACGGUUAUGAAGUAUCGGGAAAUGGUGUCUCUAGUUUAGAUUGUUUGUCAUUAAUAGUAGAAAGUAUAGCACCAAACUCCACAUCAUCAUCAACAUCAGUUCUUAAUUUAACCCCAACAGAUCGACCAUUGUAAUGUGCAAAUGACCAACACCUGCAUUCAACAUGUAAUUCGUCCAUACAGUACCAAAAUGCAUGUGUAACUUACACAUAAACUAUGCAAUACAUUUUAGACAUAAAUAAUUCAGUAUUAUACAGUAACCGAAUGUGUACUAGAGCAGCUUAUCUAUGACAAUCGCAGCCUACAUUAAUUGUAAACUAAGCUAGAUGUUUUAGAAGACAAUGGGAAAAUUUUGUGACAAUAUGUGUAUUUAAUGUGUAAAUCAUCGAUACCGUGUAUUUUCUUCAAAGGGUACAACCGAAAAGAAAUUUGUUUUUGAAUUGAUGGCUUGUUAUUGAUUAUAUAAGAAAUAUGAAAAAAAAUCAGACAGUACACACCAACUUGAUCCGUACGGCGUGGGGUUUAAUUUGAACAGACUCUAUCCUUUGGCCAAAACGAGAGAUCCUUGAUUGCUAUUCGAACAGUGUUUAAAUGUAUUUAACAACUAUAGAUAUAUGAACAUUUUGAAAAUUUUAUCCAUGUGCUAAUUUUGAUGUUUAUAUAUUUCAUUUGUAUAAAUUCAUUUUAUUGUUAUUUAUUUGUAUUGUCUUAUUAUAAAGGUAUCAUAAUCUAUUGCCUUUGAAAACUGUUUAACUAUAUUAUUAAGUAAAUUUCUUUCACUUUCUAUUUCGAGUUUUUAUAUUAUGCGAUCUGUAUGUUUACUACUGUAGAUUUUUGUGUGGAACAAAAUAAGGUUAUUCUAUUCAACAGUCUUACUGUCCAUUUGUACAUAAUAUUUUGUAUAUUAGAACUAUAAAGAUAUAAUUAAGUGUAAAUAAUUUAUGUUUAUUUGUAUUCUAGAAUAUUAAUAGAUAUCCCUGGUGAUCCUUUCUCGCGUGCUGGUAGAUAUUAUCUAUAAACUUUUUCAGAACAAUCUGUGAGUGAUACAAAUAAAGAGAUGUAUAAAAUGUUCUGGAAUUAAA